AAUAGUCAGCCCUUCCUAGAAGCCCCAGUGCCACCGUCUGCGUUGAGUUCAGCUUAGGUGAGAAGGGAGAUCCAGGAAGGGGCCUGUUGGGACCAGGUCUUGAGCUCUCUUUGUCCAAGGGUUCUCAGCAUAGUCAUGGAUCAACACUCGAUGCUUGAAAAGGCUCACAAUGAGGCAGACACCACUAACUUGGAUGUAGUUCCUGGCCCCCACUCAUUAUCUCCACACCACAGGCCAGGCCAUGGUGGGGUCCACCACCAUCACGAGUCCCAUCCCCAUAGUGUGUCCCCUCAUCAUGGCGAAUACCACCACCAUGGUGAGUUCCAUGACUUGAGUGACAAUGUCUUCUCCCGCCACUCCCACCACCACAGUGAGGCCCACUAUAAUGGCAGAGCCUAUCACCCCUAUGGUGGAGUCCAUCAGCCCCGUGACAAAGUUCAACCCCUUAACCUGAAUCUCUCCCAAGGCCUUUUUCCCUCCUUGCAUUCCUAUGGUGAGGACCACUCUCAUCACACUGAUAGUGAAUACCACCAUGGCAACAGGAUGUAUUGCCACAGCGACUCCCACCCCCACAGUGGGUCCCAUCGCCACAGUGCGUCUCACCACCACAGUGGGUCCCACCACCGCAGUGGAUCCCACUCCCACGGUGGGUCCCCCCACCACAGUGGGUCCCACUACCAUGGUGAGAACUUAUCCCACCACCCCUAUGGUGGAUACUACCACCAUGGUAGGCUUCGUCGCCACAGUGAGGCCUACUGUCAUGGUGAGGCCCACCAAGAUGAAACACAUCACCGAGAUGAGCCUUACCGCGAUAAAGAGUCUGACCACUCUGGUGAUCUCCGCCACCGUGGUAGGUUCCAUCACCGUGAAGGCUACCACCAUGGACGGCCUUCUCACCAUGAAGAAGCCUAUUCCCACCAGUCCAAUGGGGGGUCCUACUACAGUGGCUCGCAUCACCCCCAUGGUGAGCACUACCCUGGUGAGUACCACCCUAGUGAGUACCACCGCGGCAAGCGUCCCCACCAUGGUGAGCAUCACCACCGUGGUGAGCGUUUCUACCAUGGUGGGCACCACCAUGGACAGCACCGCCACGCUGAACCUCAUUACCGCGAGCAUCUCCAGAGUCCUCAAACUUACGUGGAUUACCCCCAUCAGCACCGCUAUGGGGAUUACCUUAAUGGAGCCUCCCAAUUAUCUGGCACAUACUCAUCCUACAGCAGGGCCAUUCCCUCCAUCAGCUCUGUAACAGCCCUCCACCAUGGUAUGCCACGCACUGAGCACUCAGGCGAUGCUCAGGCCCACAGUGCAAUUCACUCAUCCGGCUCCCAGGCCUCCAGCAAAGUCCAUCCCCAGGCCACUUCCACCCCAGAAAUGGAAAGCUGGUCCGAAGAUAAGCAGUUUCAGAAGCGAAAAACCCCCCGGAUCCAGCGUACUCACAAGAGACUGCACGCUGGGGACCUGUCCCAUUGGCUGUGUGAAAAGUUAAGCCAUUUUAUUCAUUGGCUCCGGAAAAGGCUCCAGUACCUGAUCAAGUCCCUGGCCUUUGAAGCCUUCAUCUUCCUCAUCAUCUGCCUCAACACCAUCAUGCUGGUGGUCCAGACCUUUGCUGAAGUCGAGGUCCGGGGCGAGUGGUACUUCAUGGCCAUGGACUCCAUUUUCUUCUGCAUUUACAUAGUGGAAGCCAUGCUAAAGAUCAUAGCCCUGGGCUUCAAGUAUUUUUCUGAUUCUUGGAACAAUCUAGACUUCUUCAUCAUGGUCAUGGCUGUGCUGGACUUUCUGCUCGUGCAGCUCAACUCCUCCUUCUCACGCUCCGUCUACAAACAAAGCAUCUAUCGUGUCCUCAAGGUCCUCAAGAGCCUGCGGGCCCUGAGGGCCAUCCGGGUCCUGCUAAGGUUCAGUAUCCUCACCAGCCUCCAGGAAGUGACCGGGACGCUGGCGCGGUCGCUGCCGUCCAUCACUGCCAUCCUCAUUCUUAUGUUCACCUGCCUCUUCCUCUUCUCCGUGGUGCUCCGGGCAUUGUUCCGCCAAUCGGACCCCAAACGCUUCCGGAACAUCUUCACCACCAUCUUCACCCUCUUCACCAUGCUUACCCUGGACGACUGGUCCCUCAUCUACCUGGACAGCAGGGCCCAGGGCGCCUGGUACAUCAUUCCCAUUCUGAUGAUUUACAUCGUCAUCCAAUACUUCAUCUUCCUCAACCUGGUGAUUGCUGUCCUGGUGGAUAACUUCCAGAUGGCCCUGCUCAAAGGCCUGGAGAAAGUGAAGCUGGAGAGGGCUGCCCGUAUCCGUGAGAAGUUGCUGGACGACUCACUGACAGAGCUCAGCAAAGCAGAGGCAGAAGAGAAGAUGAGUGAAGAGACCAUGCGUAAGCAGCUCAUUGAGAAGAAAUUUGGGAACAUGACUGAAAAGCAGAAGAAGCUGUUGUUCCACUUCCUGCAGCUGGGGGCUGGGGUGGAGCAUCAUCAACAGAAGUUCCGAUCCCAGGCAUGUGUCAUCGAUGAGAUUGUGGACACCACUUUUGAGGCUGGAGAAGAGGACUUCAGGAAGUGA